AUGUCUCUUGCGUUUGAUGAGUACGGUCGCCCCUUUCUGCUGGUGAAGGAGCAGCAGCAGAAGGAGCGUGUGAGCGGCGUUGAGGCGCAGAGGACGAAUAUCCUCGCUGCACUUGGCGUCGCUAAUGUGCUGAAGUCGAGCCUUGGCCCGCGUGGCAUGGAUAAGAUUCUGACCACUCCGGACAACGAGGUGGUUGUCACUAACGAUGGCGCCACCAUCCUAGACCUCAUGGACAUUGACAACGAAAUUGGGCAGCUCAUGGUCGAGCUGAGCAAGUCGCAGGACUCCGAGAUCGGUGACGGGACCACUGGUGUUGUGUGCCUUGCAGGAGCGCUGCUGGAGCAGGCUACGGCGCUGCUCGACAAAGGCAUCCACAGCUCUCGCAUCUCUGAGGGGUACGAGAAAGCGUGUGAGAUAGCGUGCAUGCGCCUCGAGAAAGUGGCUGAAACCAUCUCUCUGGAGAAAAGGGAGUUUCUGCUGCAGACGGCCCGGUCGACACUCAACUCGAAAGUGGUGAACCGCGAACGCGACCGUCUGGCGCAGAUCUGCGUGGAUGCGGUGCUCGCCGUGGCCGACAUAGAGCGGCGCGACGUGAACAUGGACCUCAUUAAGGUUGAGGGCAAGGUGGGGGGUCGCCUGGAGGACACUUGCCUCGUGGAUGGCAUUGUUCUUGAUAAGGACUUCUCGCAUCCGCAGAUGCCGAAGGAGCUGACAAACCCGAAGAUGGCUAUCCUGACAUGCGCCUUCGAACCACCCAAACCAAAGACAAAGCACACUCUACAGAUUAAAAGCGCCGAGCACAUGCGGGAGCUACAUGAGCAGGAGCAAGAGUACUUCCGCUCUGAGGUGCAGCGCUGCAAGGACGCUGGUGCCGACCUCGUCAUUUGUCAGUGGGGCUUUGAUGAUGAGGCCAACUACUUGCUUUAUUGCAACCAGCUGCCGGCGGUGCGCUGGGUGGGCGGCGUAGAGCUGGAGAUGAUCGCCAUCGCAACUGGUGGCCGCAUCGUUCCGCGCUUUGAAGAUCUGACGGCGGAGAAGCUCGGCACAUGCGGGCGUGUCCGCGAGGUUGGCUUUGGCACCACGAGGGACCGCAUGAUCUUUGUCGAGAACUGCCCCAAUAGCAAGGCCGUCACCGUUUUCAUCCGCGGCGGCAAUAAGAUGAUGAUUGAGGAGGCAAAGCGUGCCCUGCACGACGCCAUUUGUAUGGUACGCAACCUCAUCCGCGACAACCGCAUCGUGUAUGGCGGGGGUUCCGCGGAGCUGGCGGCGUCGUCUGCGGUGCUUGCACAUGCCGAUGCCGUGUCAACGGUGGACCAGUACGCUAUUCGCGCCUUUGCUGAUGCCCUCGAGUCCAUCCCCAUUAACCUGGCCCUCAACAGCGGUCUUGAUCCCAUCCGCGCCCUUUCUGAUGCACGCAAAGCGCAGAUGGAGGGCAAAAAUCCUUACGCCGGUAUCGACUGCAUGGACCGCGGGACGAUCGACAUGAAGCAGCAGCAGGUGUUCGAGACCUUGAGCGGCAAGUGCUCGCAGCUGCGCCUGGCGACACAGGUGGUGAAGAUGAUCCUCAAGAUUGAUGACGUCAUUGUUACGAAGCCGAAUGAGGAGCAGCCGCACUAA